AUGGUAUGGAAACCAAAGAUAAUGAUGUGGGAAACCAAUUUUGUGAGUAGUCGGCAAACAUUAAUUCGUGAUAUUAAAACAAUGGAUUACCGUUCACAUAUCCAAAACACAAUUCGGGUAGUUUUAGACCAUCUUUUAGGUGGAGUGAUGUUUUGCAUCUUGUUGCGGUAUAACGUUUUUGCUCACUUUUUCCCUGUGUUAUUCAAAUUAGACAAUUUCAUUGAAAAUACAGUGAGAUGGUUUAUUACAUACCCCGCAGGGUUUAAGUUCAACGAGAAUUAUAACAACUUCUUGUCAUCACUGUCACUCUUCUUCCUUCACUUCUGGAAAAAUGGACUCUUAUUUUUAAGAGGGCCAGUACUGGUGAUGUUCAAUGUAGUCCAAAUCCUCGUUUUGUUUUGUGGAUUCACAUCGCUUGUAGCGUUUUUGGUUGACUUGAUCUCUGUCAUAUUCUUCCCUGUACAAAUGCUCUCUGUGUUCUUUGGAGGGUUAGAAAGAGCACACUUCUCACUCAUUGUUUCGCUCUUUCGAGUAUUCAUGGGGUCAAAAUAUAACCCAUUACGAAAGAGGGUCGAUACCCUUGUGUAUGAACAAGACAAUUUCCUCCUCGGUAUUCUCUUCUUUGUUCUCCUCAUCUUCUUCUUGCCAUGUAGUUUUAUCUACGCAUACUACUUUUCUAUUCUACUCACACUCGUCACUUACACACAAAGAGCUUUCAUGCUCUCAUCAGUGGCAAUUACCGAACUCCCCGUCAACGACUUUUUGUCGAUGUUUGAUAAUAAGUACAUCGACAAUCCACCAAAACUGGAGGAGUACUCGAUGAGGAAAAAUGAGGGCAAAAUUGUGUUCGACACAUGCUUUGAGAAUUAUUCUGUCAGAGGAGGGAAGACACUGUACUUCAAACCUGAAAUCUUCUGCGAGUACAAACAAGCACUUCUCGACACGUUCAAGGACGAGGAAGACAUCACCGAAGAAAAGUGA